GAAGAAGAACGCAAUUGACACUGACCCCAUUGACUGAGGUUGAGUCCGACGGUUUGAGCUGCCGGUUCUCGGUUUUCUCUGCAGCCCGGUGCUGGCUGAAGCUGCGGCUCUGACUGCACAUGAACGGCACCAUGGCUGCUCUCUCACACCGGGUAAAGCUGGGACCGCUGGUGGCUGCCAUUGACCAGGGAACGAGCUCCACGCGUUUUCUGGUGUUUAACUCAAAAACAGCAGAGCUCCUCAGUCAUCACCAGGUGGAAAUCAAACAGAGCUUCCCCAAAGAAGGAUGGGUGGAGGAAGACCCCAAAGAAAUCCUGCAGUCGGUGUACGAGUGCAUGGAGCGUACGUGUGAGAAACUAACCCAGCUCAACAUAGACAUCUCAAACAUCAAAGCUAUCGGAGUGACCAACCAAAGAGAGACCACACUUGUUUGGGACAAAGAGACCGGGGAGCCCCUCUACAAUGCAAUUGUGUGGCUGGACCUGCGGACUCAAUCAACAGUCGAGCGCCUCAUCAACAAAACGCCUGGAAGGAAUAAGAACCAUUUGAAGCAUAAAACCGGGCUCCCCAUCAGCACUUACUUCAGCGCAGUGAAACUCCGCUGGCUGAUGGACAACGUGGACAAGGUCCACGAAGCCAUCGUGUCUCACCGCGCCAUGUUCGGCACCAUCGACUCCUGGCUCAUCUGGUGUCUGACAGGUGGGAAGUCUGGAGGAGUCCACUGCACGGAUGUGACCAAUGCUAGCAGAACCAUGUUGUUUAACAUACACACUAUGGACUGGGACCCAGAACUUUGCGACUAUUUUGGUAUUCCCAUGGAGAUUUUGCCCAGAGUCAGGAGUUCUUCAGAAAUAUACGGCCUCAUGAAAAUAUGUUCUAGCCGGAAAUCCGGAGCUCUGUCAGGUAUUCCCAUUUCAGGAUGUCUCGGGGAUCAGUCGGCAGCGCUCGUCGGACAGAUGUGUUUUCAGGACGGUCAAGCCAAAAACACGUACGGUACUGGCUGCUUCCUCCUGCUAAACACCGGAGCAAAGCCUGUAAUGUCUGACCACGGCCUCCUGACCACUGUGGCGUACAAACUCGGUCGAGACAAACCCGCGGUCUAUGCUCUAGAGGGUUCUGUGGCCAUUGCUGGAGCUGUGGUUCGUUGGCUGCAGGACAAUCUCGGAAUCAUCGGAUCUUCCGAAGAGCUUGAAAAGUUGGCUGCAUCAGUCGGUACUUCCUAUGGCUGCUACUUUGUUCCAGCAUUUUCUGGCCUUUAUGCUCCAUACUGGGAGCCCAGUGCACGAGGGAUCAUAUGCGGUUUAACUCAGUUUACGAAUAAGAGUCAUGUCGCGUUUGCCGCACUGGAAGCCGUCUGUUUUCAGACACGUGAGAUACUGGACGCCAUGAAUCAGGACAGCGGCAUUCCUUUAAGUCAGCUCCAGGUGGACGGAGGGAUGACGUCCAACAGGCUGCUGAUGCAGCUGCAGGCCGACAUCCUCUGCAUCCCCGUCGUGAAGCCGUCCAUGCCAGAGACCACGGCGCUCGGCGCGGCGAUGGCGGCCGGAGCAGCGGAGGGCGUCAGUGUGUGGAGCCUGAGCCCAGAUGACCUGAGUGAAGUCACGUCAGAGAAGUUCGAGCCUCAGAUCAACCCCGAAGAGAGUGAGCUGAGGUACGCACGGUGGAAGAAGGCGGUGCAGAAAUCCAUGAACUGGGAGACGACGGAGCCUGUUUCUAAUGGAAACGGUGAAACGAGCAUCUUCAGCAGUGUCCCGCUGGGCUUUUACAUCAUUGGCAGCAUGUUCAUGUUGAUUGGUGCCAAAUACAUCGCAGGUUCCAACUAGGGUCGGUUUUGUGGAGACGUUAAAGCAACGAGGAAAAGUGGAAACAAACUGCGCCGUUACUUCCAUCAGGCAUUCCAGACGAUUGACGCUCUCGCGGAAUCUUACUGCCGCCGACAACACCCGGACACAUUUGUCACCACUGAAACUUUUCUUUAUUUUUCUCAUUUAUGUUUUUUUGGCAACAUUACAUAUUAUGCGACUUUUUGCAGGAGUGUGCAUGCAGUAUUUUCUAUUUUCUUUUUUUAAACGUUGACUGGUAUAUGUAGCCUGAGUUAUUUAAGCAAAAAACCCACCGAUUAGAUUCUUGUGUCUUUCCACAGGUGCAUUAAAGCUCUAGUGCGUAACUUCUCUCGCCUUUUAAGGAAAAUCCUGUCAAACUGCUGAAUGUCCAGCUUUUAGCAGUGUAAUCCACUUCAGUUUUACAGUCACACACCAACCAGGUUACACCAUGUCAAUCAUGACAUUUACCCACGGCAACACUAAGAAAUAUAGAGAUUUAUGUGGCGCUUAUUUUGUAUUAUGUAACGUAGCAUGCAUGUAUUUGUUUAUAUUUAAAACUUACGCACUACAGCUUUAAUUGUCUACUCAUAGGAGAUUCUUCUUGCGAUGCUUUAAAGCUUCAUGAGCUACAGAGGGAUUUUUGUUCUGUCUUGUGAGAAAUGUUGUAUUAUUUUGUGGGAGACUUUGGGAUUAAUGCACAAAGUGUAAAAAAAAAGAAAGAAGGGAAACAAAGUUUUGUUCUUUUAAUAUUAUUUAAUGUUCAUAUAAAGUAAAUUAUAAAUUUACAGUAUGUAUCAUGGAAUGGACCGUAUGAAGGACAAUGAGAAGUGUUUACACUAUGUGUGAAGUCCAAAAAAGAAACCCUUCCUUACGUUAAUGAUUAAUUUAUUUUGGAGACAAAACGUCUUGAGCGUUUACAAACCAGGAAGCUUAAAUAUUACAACGAUUAUAAUUUAAAAACAAAAAUGACAGCCUUUUUAAUUUUUUUGCUGCAACACGGUUAAAUUAAAUAUCCAUCAAGCUCAUAAAAAAAAAGGAAAAACAUCUUAAAUGCAAACCUUAAACAUGACCCUUGAUGAUUUUCUGAGGUGUUUAUUUGAAUAGACCAUUAAAACGACACCAUACCAUUAACUAGUUCGCUGUGAUGUACUGUCAAAUUCUGAAGAAUGAGCCUUGAGGAAGUAGAAGUGCAGUGUUUAUUCUGUUGACUAGCAACUGCCAUGUUUGUUCUGCGAGGAUUAAAAGCUCAAAGAAUUGUUUAAUGAUUUCUCUAUGCUUGAAAGCAGCUCAUGAAAUAAAGUGUUCCACUUGUGCGGAUGUAAAAUAAAACAAACAAAUGGUGGCUAAGUUAUGAUUAGGAACGCAUGGCAGUGUUUUAAAAUUGAGGAAACUGUUGUUCGGUUUGUGGAGACGUUGUAUGGAAGAAUAAAUGUCUGUAAAAUAUA